GCUAGUACUCAAUUUCAGGUAGAAAACAUGAGCGGCUAGCCUCAGCCAGGGGCAAAAUCGGGGUAUAUUGUUACAUUUUGUCUGUCUUUGGGCGACACAAGAUGGCAGCGAGCACAGAAGCCCCGGAGCCCUGGUAUCUAGCCCUGCUGGGCUUUGCAGAACAUUUCCGCACAUCGAGUCCGCCGAAGAUCCGUCUGUGCGUCCACUGUCUGCAGGCAGUGUUUCAGUUCAAGCCGCCUCCGAGGGUCGAGGCCCGGACUCACCUGCAGCUGGGCUCGGUGCUGUACCGGCACACAAAGAACAGCGAGCUGGCCCAGAGUCACCUGGAGAAAGCGUGGUUCAUAUCACAACAUAUCUCCCAAUUUGAAGAUGUGAAGUUUGAAGCAGCAAGUAUCCUAUCAGAGUUCUACUGUCAACAGAACUUGGUGGACUCUGCAAAACCAGUGUUGCGGAAGGCCAUCCAGAUCUCACAGCAAACUCCCUACUGGCACUGCAGACUACUGUUUCAGCUGGCACAACUACACGCACUAGAGAAGGACUUGGUAUCUGCCUGUGAUCUCCUCGGAGUCGGAGCAGAAUACGCAAGAGUCAUGGGCUCAGAGUAUACAAGAGCUCUGUUUUUGCUCAGUAAAGGAAUGCUGCUACUGAUGGAGCGGAAGCUGAGCGAGGUGCACCCUCUGCUGACGCUGUGUGGGACCAUUGUAGAAAACUGGCAGGGAAACCCCAUUCAGAAGGAAUCCCUCAGGGUCUUUUUCCUGGUGCUGCAGGUUACACACUACCUGGAUGCUGGACAGGUAAAGAGUGUGAAGCCGUGUCUGAAGCAGCUCCAGCAGUGUAUCCAGACCAUCUCUACUCUCCACGAUGAUGAGAUCCUUCCCACUAAUCCAGCAGCUCUCUUUCACUGGCUGCCAAAAGAGCACAUGUGUGUGCUUGUGUACCUGGUGACAGUGAUGCACUCCAUGCAGGCGGGCUACUUGGAGAAGGCACAGAAGUACACAGACAAAGCUCUCAUGCAGCUGGAGAAGCUGAAGAUGCUGGACAGCAAUCCCAUCCUGUCUACGUUCCAAGUCAUUCUGCUGGAGCACAUCAUUAUGUGCCGGCUGGUCACCGGACACAAGGCCACAGCCUUACAAGAGAUUUCUCAGGUUUGUCAGCUUUGCCAACAGUCUCCCAGGCUGUUUACAAAUCAUGCUGCUCAGCUUCACACACUACUGGGACUCUACUGUAUCUCAGUGAACUGCAUGGAUAAUGCUGAGGCUCAGUUCACAGCUGCUCUACAGAUGACAACGCACCAGGAACUGUGGACUUUUAUUGUGACCAACCUGGCCAGUGUCUACAUCCGGGAAGGCAACAGACACCAAGAGCUGUACAGCCUUCUAGAGAGAAUUAAUCCUGAUCACAACUUUCCCGUCAGCUCUCAUUGCCUGCGAGCUGCAGCGUUUUACAUCAGAGGGCUACUGUCUUUCUUCCAGGGUCGUUACAAUGAGGCCAAAAGAUUUCUCAGGGAGACCCUGAAGAUGUCUAAUGCUGAGGAUCUAAACAGGCUGACUGCCUGCUCCCUGGUCCUGCUGGGUCACAUCUUCUUUGUCCUGGGCAACCACAGGGAAAGUAACAAUAUGGUGGUUCCUGCGAUGCAGCUGGCCAGCAAGAUCCCAGACAUGUCUGUGCAGCUUUGGUCCUCUGCACUCCUCAAAGAUCUGAACAAGGCUUGUGGAAACACAAUAGAUGCCCACGAGGCAGCUCAGAUGCACCAGAACUUUUCCCAGCAGCUCCUGCAGGACCACAUCGCAGCCUGUAGCCUCCCUGAGCACAACCUCAUCAGUUGGACAGACGGCCUCCCCCCCGUCCAGUUCCAGCCUCAGAACGGACCUGCUACCAGCCUGGCCUCCCUGCUCUGAGAACAAAAUCCCACGCUGACUAAGAAAAGGAGACACAGAGGAGCAACUGCAGGGAAAUGACAUAAAACAGAUGAACAGAAAAAACGAGAAGCAGCUGAUGAAGGGGUAAGAGGAAGAGGAGGCACGAUAAUGAACAGUGUCAUUUGGCAGGCUUCCACUCAGUGCAUUCCUUUAACUAUUUGGGGCACUGGGGCAUCAUGAAUGGAUUUUAGGGAAUUUAAUGUUUUUGGAAAGUAAAAGGUGUCAAGGGCACAUUUGUAUCACGCUGACACAGUUUGAAGUGGUUGUAAUAGUUUGUUCUACUAGAUCAAAAACAAAUUGGAGGAAAGGUUAUAUGAGAAGAUUGAUACCACUUGUAAAUAUGAAGCGUCUGCCAGCGGCCAGUUCGCUUAGCUUACCACAGAGACUCUCCAAACAGGAGGAAACAGCCGGUGUGAGUUUUAAUAAGCUUUGUAGGUGCUGGUAACAUGGCCAGCGUCUGGGUUUUUUCCAUCCUGGUGCUAAGGGGGAGCUUGACCAGUACAUGAGUUACAUACACAUAGAGACAGACAACCAUUCACGCUCACAUUCACACCUACGGCCAAUUUAGCAUCACCAAUUAAGCCUAGCCUGCAUGUCUUUGGCCUGUGGGAGGAAGCUGGAGUACCCAGAGAAAACCCAUGCACACAUGCAGGCUCUGCACAGAGGGUUUGAAACCAGGAACCAGGGACCCUGUUGCUGUGAGGCGACAUUGCUAACCACCGCACCACCACGCUGCCCUUAUAAAAAAUGGCUUCAGGGUGCUUAACUAGGGCUACACAAAUUUGUGAUGUGGCUAUAGCAACCUCUAGCCCCCCUACAGCACUGUGCCUGGCUGGUUGGUGGAUUUUAUUACCUGUGGACGGAUCCAGUCUAGCUCUUACACCUGUAGAGUGUUCCAGGGGUGACAUUUUCCUGUAGCCUCUUGCGGAAGUAAUCGUCACCCUGGUUCCAUCCUCAAAAGGUCUGGGAGAUUUUUUCCAUUUAGUUAUGGAUUAUUGUAGAAAAUAAGCUCCAUGGCAAACAAACUUUUAUGAUACUUUUUUUGUUCAGUGAGAUAAUCUUCACAAACGAGCACCACUUUUAUGAUUUUUGAAGCCUAAAUGCAAUCACCAGAGUAAAAAGCUAACGUUAUAGAUAUAAAUGAACUACGCCAUAGUCACAUGACUUAACAUCCCUACCACAAUGAGGCUGUAAAGCAGCGUGUGGCGUGUUGACGUUCUGCAGUCUCAUUUAACCGCCUUUUUUAAGACACUUUAAAGCUUCAAAGUGGGGUAUUUAGUGAUGUAUUUAAUGUCGUAGAACAAAACAUGAAAGUCUCUAAAGCUUGUCUUAACCACAGAGCUUAGUUCAGGCAUCUAACAAAAACCCAUGACUUUGAAAUGAGAAAACCGGGAGUGCAGAAAUGCUAACUCAUUUUUGGGUUUUAGGGCUCAUUCCUGGACAACUCUAUUUCCAGUCAUUGUGCUAAGCUAAGCUAGUCAGCUACUGACAUUAACAUAUUUACCGUACAAACAUGAGAGGGGUGUCUACAUUCUCAUCUAACUCUUGGCAAGAAAGCAGUCAUCAUAUCUGCCGUUGCCGCUGGAUUGCGGCGUAUCUUGGCAUGUUACCACCACCUGUUGAUCAGUGUGACACCACUGGUAGGACUGUGUAUCACAUGUGCGCCUGCAUGCAUGAGAUAAACAAGAGAAAAACACCUCUGUAGCACAACAAGAGGUCAGACACUCCACAGGGAACCUUUAAAUUCAAGCGAUUUGUCCCGCUCAUUCAGCUCCCCUUUUAACUCUUUACAGCACAAUUAUCAUGGAGAUAUUUUUAUUUUGGAAGAACAUUAAAGAAGCUUAAAUUAGUGUUGAAUUUAAACCAUCCAUUGGGAAAAAAAACAGUCAAAUAUGACUAAAUUAUGAUGCAAUGCAUGAACACUUGUCUUUUUAAAACACUGUUUGGCACGUUCUGAUACACAGUAUUAGUUAGGAUACAUUUGGAUAUACAGUUUACUAUAUAUCUGUAAUGAUCUUAAUGUAGUGUAGUGGUAUGUCUGAUAUGUACUUGGUGGUUCAGUUGACAGCUGCACAUGUAGUUUAUCCACUGACGAGCAUUAAUUAUAUUAAAGACAAUUUAAUAUAUUAGAUUUACUAGACCCAGAAACCAGCUAACCAUUUUAUAUAAAGGCAAAGACUGGCUUGCUUCACACCCAGUAGUAUUAAUUAAUGUUUUGAAGGUAUGAAAUGUACUUUAAACAUGUUUUAAGACUGUGAUGCAGCAAAGAAAAAAGUAUUUGGAUCAUUUUUGACACUGCAGUUCACUGGACUCGCUGCCUGGCCCUUUUACUCUCACUGUGCUGUAUGUUUAUAUGCUGUGCACAUUUAGCGGGGAGUCAAGGAACCAGUAAUAAUAAGACAACAAUAAUAACGAUAUGACUGUUACCUGUUUGCACAUAAUGUUUCAUGAUGAAACUCACAUUUUUAUCUUUUCCACUGACACAUUUUGGAGUAUUAGUUUUACUCAUUUCUUCCAGAUGAUGGCGGCAUAAAUCUGUAUUUAAAUAGUUAUUUAAUUUUGUUCAUCAUUACACCUGAUGCAGUUGUUGUUUGCCAUUAAUGCUGAUUAAUGUUUGAUAUAUUAUCAAAUAACUGGUAGGACUGUUGAUUUAGGACACUAAUGUAGGAAUGGUACAUUUUUAGUUGUAUCUAGUAAAGACACUCAUCACAUAAACUAUUGAGUUUGGUCAUCAAAGUAAUUACUGCAGUAAAAACUACAAUAUGGAUGCCAUUUAUUGUAUCAGCAUUUUACUGUAUGCUAUAAAGCAGAAUGUUUAAUUUGUGUUUUCUCUCUCUUGUCAUUUUAAUCUCAACACAUCUAUGACUUUUUAUAAAUAAAAAUUCAAAAGUAGA